CCAGUUCUGUAUUUAUAUCCCUGGUUCCAGUAGGUCAGGAGAGAUCUCCACUCUCAUAGUCAGUAGAGCAGGCUAUUUGGGUCCAUUGCUACAGGCAAAUUCAAUCAAGCCCGGGCUAAAGACAUUGUAAAUGAUUUGCCUGUGCAGCACCCACCCAGGCCACUGACUGUAUUUACAGUAUAUCGUGUCCUGUGUCAGUAUGUCAGGGGGAAUCUCUGCUAGCAUAGCCACCAGCAGGCUACGAGCCGAGGGAAUGGGCUCCAACGACCACGCCGUACCCUUCCUUAACCAGGACUACGAGGCUCUGAGGCAGCAGUGUCUGGAGACGGGGUGUCUGUUCCAGGACCCCUCCUUCCUAGCUGAACCUCCCUCUCUGGGCUUCAAGGAACUGGCCCCCUACUCUGCCAAGACCAGGGACGUGGAAUGGAUGAGACCCACGGAGCUGACAGAUGACCCUCAGUUCAUCCUGGGAGGAGCUACCAGAACAGACAUCUGCCAGGGAGCGCUGGGUGAUUGCUGGCUCCUAGCAGCCAUAGCCUCACUAACCCUUAAUGAGAGGCUGCUCCACCGAGUGGUCCCUCAUGGUCAGUCCUUCCAAGAGGACUACGCUGGGAUCUUCCACUUUCAGUUCUGGCAGUUUGGUGAGUGGGUGGACGUGGUGAUUGACGACCGGCUGCCAACGAAGAAUGGAGAGCUCAUGUUUGUCCACUCGGCCGAGGGCAAUGAGUUCUGGAGCGCCCUGCUGGAGAAGGCCUACUCCAAGCUGAAUGGUUCCUACGAGGCUCUGUCUGGAGGCAGCACCACAGAAGGUUUUGAGGACUUCACCGGUGGUGUCUCUGAGAUGUACGAUCUCCGGAAGGCUCCACGGGACCUGUACAGGAUCAUCAGCAAAGCCCUGGACAGAGGCUCAUUGCUGGGCUGCUCCAUCGACAUAACCAGUGCCUUUGACAUGGAGUCGGUCACGUUCAAGAAGCUGGUGAAAGGACAUGCUUACUCAGUCACCGGCCUGAAGCAAGUGGACUACCAGGGUCAGGUGGAGAGGCUGAUCAGGGUGAGGAACCCCUGGGGACAGGUGGAGUGGACUGGGGCCUGGAGCGACAAUUCUCCUGAGUGGGAUGAGUUGGAUCCAACUGAGAGAGAGGACCUGCAUCUACAGAUGGAGGAUGGAGAGUUCUGGAUGUCGUUCCAGGAGUUCCUGAGGCAGUUUUCCCGUCUGGAGAUCUGCAACCUGACGGCGGACGCUCUGAGUGAGGACGGCCUCAGCCACUGGAACACCAUCAAGUUCCACGGCAUGUGGAGACGGGGGAGUACCGCCGGGGGCUGCCGCAACCACCCCAACACGUUCUGGAUCAACCCCCAGUAUAAGAUCACUCUGCUAGAGGAGGACGACGACCCUGAGGAUGACGAGGUGGCCUGUAGCUUCCUGGUGGCUCUGAUGCAGAAGGAUAGGAGGAGGUACCGGGGACAGGGACAGGACAUGCACACCAUCGGGUUCGCCAUCUACGAGAUUCCAGAAGAGUACAGGGGCUGUCAGAACGUGCACCUAAAGAAGGACUUCUUCCUGACCCACUCAUCCUGCGCUCGCUCGGAGACCUUCAUCAACCUGAGAGAGGUCAGCAACCGUCUCAGUCUGCCUCCAGGAGAAUACCUCAUCGUCCCCUCCACCUUCGAGUCUGGCCAGGAGGCCGACUUUGUCCUCCGAGUCUUCACUGAGAAACAGUCCGAGACAGAAGAGCUUGAUGACAUCAUAUCUGCAGAUCUGGAAGAUGAGGACCUCAUCAGUGAAGAUGACGUCGAUGACGCUUUCAGAUCCAUGUUUGCUCAGCUUGCAGGAGAGGACAUGGAGAUAUCUGUCCGUGAGCUCAGGACCAUCCUGAACAGGGUGGUGACUAGACACAAAGACCUGAAGACAGACGGUUUCAGUAUGGAGUCCUGUAGGACCAUGGUCAAUCUCAUGGAUAAAGAUGGCAGUGCCCGUCUCGGCCUGAUAGAAUUCCAAAUCCUCUGGAAUAAGAUCAGGAAGUGGCUGGUCAUCUAUAGAGAAUAUGAUAUGGACAAGUCAGGAUCCAUGAGCUCCUAUGAGAUGCGACUUGCUGUGGAGUCGGCAGGUUUUAAACUGAACAACAGGCUGAAUCAGGUCCUGGUGGCUCGCUAUGCUGAGAACGAGGCCAUAGACUUUGACAACUUCAUCUGCUGUCUGGUGAAACUAGAAGCCAUGUUUAGAUCUUUCCAGCAACUAGACAAAGAGGGAGAAGGUGUGGCUGAGAUGAACAUCACUGAGUGGCUUUAUAUGACCAUGUGUGGUUGAAGAGGACCAGUCUUAUCCCAGGAGACAGAACAGCCAAGUGCCCGGCAGAGUGUCUCUUCCCUGGGACCAUGAAGAGCUCCCUAGCCUUACUGUCCUCUGCCUGGUCCUGGACUAUAGGGCUGACCUGUACUGUGCUGAUGUUGUAUUUCCCCAUUGUCCUUUCCAGCACGGCUCCAGUCACUAUGGUGACAGCAUAACCAGUUCGGUUCAGUUCGGCCCUAUAGUGUGAAUCAGUUACUCCUGCCAAUCUACACUACAGCACGCCACCUCAGCCUGCCAAUCUACACUACAGCACGCCACCUCAGCCUGCCAAUCUACACUACAGCACGCCACCUCAGCCUGCCAAUCUACACUACAGCACGCCACCUCACCCACGCUACAUUACAGCACUCCCACUCCACCUCACCCACGCCAGCUACAUUACAGCACCCCCACUCCACCUCACCCACACCACCUCAGCCAGCCAGCUACAUUACAGCACACCCACUCCACCUCACCCACACCACCUCAGCCAGCCAGCUACAUUACAGCACACCCACUCCACCUCACCCACACCACCUCAGCCAACCCCAUAUAGCAGUGAGGGUACUAUUAGCCAUGUAAUGCAGGUUGAGACCGUUCCAAGCUAAAGACCACACACCCCAUGCUACAGGGGUUCCUUAGCUAUACAAAAUGUUGGAAUUGUUCGAUAGAAAACAGUCACUGUAGAACUGUAGAUAUGUCUGUAAACAGCAUGGAUCACAGUAUAACUUGUAUUGAAGACAUUAUUUGACUAUGCCCAGUAGGGGGCAGUAUUGACUAGUCUCAGAUCUGGUGUGUUGUUAUCAUGUUACUGCAGUUGUAGAAUGUUACUGUGUAUGAGGAAAUACAGUAUUUUAGUUAUUGAACUGAACACUCAAAUAUAUAACUGAUCUGGCUGAAAGUAUAGCAAAUCAUAGUUUUAUGGGUUUUAAAUAUUUCAUAUUCUCAUUAUUUUAGACACUGACCAAGUGUAUUGGAUUUACAAUGCGGAUUAAAGGGAUGGUUGAUGGUUGAUUUUGGGUCAGAUUAAAGGGAUGGUUGAUGGUUGAUGGUUGAUUUUGGGGCAGAUUAAAGGGAUGGUUGAUGGUUGAUUUUGGGGCAGAUUAAAGGGAUGGUUGAUGGUUGAUUUUGGGGCAGAUUAAAGGGAUGGUUCAUGGUUGAUUUUGGGGCAGAUUAAAGGGAUGGUUCAUGGUUGAUUUUGGGGCAGAUUAAAGGGAUGGUUGAUGGUUGAUUUUGGGGCAGAUUAAAGGGAUGGUUGAUGGUUGAUUUUGGGGCAGAUUAAAGGGAUGGUUGAUGGUUGAUUUUGGGUUAUUAUUAAUCUUACCUUGAGUUGUCUAUAUGGAUUAAUUAUCACUAAAACCAAAAGGAAGCUGUGAGAGAAAGAGUCCAACAUAAUAAUGAAAUCAAACAAUGCCUACUGUCUAAGAAAAUGUCUAACAAGCUGUCUCUGCCUAUAAUGAGACACAGCUCGUUAGUGACAUUUCAUUACAUAUUUCAAAGUAGUAGAUAAAAGAUCACUUUUAUUUAUCUCUAUUAUUUCUGAUUCCAUCUGAUAUCCACAUGUUGCUGUUAGAGACGUUCUGAUUGUGUCAAUCCUGUUAGUGAUUGUGAAUGUAGGGUGUGCCUUCAAUAAAGACAUGUUCAUGUUAAAUAAACUCUUGUGAAUUGA